CAAGGAAGCAGGAGUGGGUUCCUGCAGCUGACCUACAGUGAGUGCUUACACUGGACGCAGAAUUUUCUGGGCUUUGAUUUGCGCACAGUCAUGGGUCAACUGUUCUCUUCAUCUAAGGAUGAAAACCACAAAGACUUGGCCUCCAGCUUUGCAGAAUAUUUUAAGAAGUAUAAAACUGGAAACAAAAUCAUUCCUCAGGAAACCAUAGCCUCAAUUGAGUUAAGCCUGAAAGAAGGAAACAUUCAGGGAGCAAACUCUUCAAUCACUGAUGCAGUAAAAACAAUUGACAGUACCCCACUCAAUGUUGCUGUGACAGGGGAGUCUGGAGCAGGGAAAUCUACCUUCAUCAAUACCCUGAGAGGGGUUGGGCAUGAAGGGAAAGAUGCAGCUGAAAUUGGGGUGGUGGAAACGACCAUGACGAGACAUCCAUACAAACACCCCAAUAUUCCCAAUGUGGUUUUUUGGGACCUGCCUGGGAUUGGAACCACAAAUUUCCCACCAAAAGAUUAUCUAGAGAAAAUGAAAUUCCAUGAGUAUGACUUCUUCAUUAUUGUUUCUGCCACACGCUUUAAGAAAAAUGAUAUAGACCUCGCCAAAGCAAUCAGCAUGAUGAAGAAGGAAUUCUACUUUGUGAGAACCAAGGUGGACUCUGACUUAAGCAAUGAAAAGGAAUUCAAACCACGCACCUUUAACAGAGAAAUGGUCCUGCAGCAGAUCCGCAGCAACUGUGUGAAAAUCUUUCAGGAGAAUAACAUUGAUGAACCACCAAUCUUCUUGAUCUCUAACAGAAAUUUGUCUGAUUAUGAUUUCCCUAUCCUGAUGGACAAGGUUAUGAGCGUUCUCCCUGUAUACAAAAGACAUGCUUUUAUGCUCUCCUUGCCUAAUAUUACAGGGUCAGUCACUGAAAGGAAGCAACAGUCUCUGAAGCAGAAGAUUUGGCUAGAAGCCUUUACAACUGUGCUCCUGAAUAUCAUCCCUUCACUGACCCACCACUUCAUGGACAGUGAUGUGGAGAAUCUGGAGAAAAGCCUGAACUUCUAUCGAACUGUGUUUGGAGUGGAUGAUGCAUCCUUGCAGAGUUUGGCUAAGGACUGGCAAAUGCCAGUGGAUCCGCUCAAGGCAAAGAUGAAAUCUUCUAAUGUGUUCAAGACUACAAACAAAGAAACAAUACAAGACAGGCUUUCAAGAUAUUAUGAGGAGUUCUGUUUGGCUAAUGGGUAUUUGGUAAAUAAGAAUGUUUAUGUUAAGGAAGUAUAUUAUCUAAAAUUAUAUUUCCUUGAUAUGGUGACAGAUGAUGCUAAUGCUCUUCUCAGAGAGAUAUAUUUAAGAAACAACUUGGUUUCUGAUUAGGCUGAAAUCCUGUAGCUGUCAAACAUCAGAAUUAGUGACAGAAAAAUAGGAUGCUGAUAUUGCAAAAUAACAUACUGGGUUCACUCAGGCCUUGCAGUCUUUAUCCAUAGUUAGUGAUCAUAUAUCCACAUUAGCUGUAACAAGGGGAGCAGAUAUGUGUAAAUAACCUGAGAGCUUAAAACUAACUAUUCACUUUGAAUAAACCCUCAGGUGGUUUAAUUGAACUUUUAUUUGAAUUAGUUUAGUAUAAAGCAACAUCCAGUUUUAGGUUUAACAUUGUGAUGAUUAGUGUUGUAGACAGACUUUAGAAUCACUUGGGAAAUGAACCUCUGGGCUUGCCUUUGGGGAAUUAUGUAGCUUAUGUUAAUUGAGGGGAGAUGCCAUAUCCACUGUGGGUGGCACCAUUCCCUAGCUGGUGAUCUCUGACUGUGUAUGUGGAGGUGCUAAUCAGCAGCAUGCUUUCAUUCAUCCAUUGUUCUCUAUUUUUUACUGUGAGUACAGUAGCACUAGCUGCCUCCAUCUGCUGCUGUGACUUCUUAGUAAUGAUGCCCUCUGUAACCUUGAAUUUGAUACUUGAGUCCUUUCAUGAUAGCAGUACCCAAAGAGAAACCAUAACAGAGCUGGAGAGGUGGCUCAGUAGAUAAAGCACUUACCUUGCAAGUCUGAAGACCUUUGUUCAGAUCCCCAGAGCCCACAUAGAGCCAGCUAAGCAUCUGUAAUCCACACACUCCUGUGGUGAGAUAGGAGGCAGAGACAGAGGAUCCUGGAUGCUCUGAGGCCAGCUAAACUUCCACAUGCAGCAGUGAAUAAGAGAACCCGACACAAGGAAGUAGAAGGUAAAAGCCAACACCAAAGCUUGUCCUUUGACCUCUGUACACAUGCUAGGUCAUGUUUGUGUCUGCAAUCACACAUGCAAAUGCACACAAACAAAAAGUUUAUUCUUUAGAAGCAGGAAGGUUUGGGGCAGUUGCUUAGUGGUAUAAUACUUGCCUCACAUGCAUAAGACCUCUGGUUCAAUCCCUAGCACUCUAGAAAAAUGAGAAUGGGGGAAAGGGUAGAGAGAUGGCUCAGAGGUUCAGAACCCU